CUGCGAUGGCGUAUAAAUAAUGGGCAGGCCACUGGGUAUCUGUUCCCGCACGUUCUUCAGGAUCAAUUCGCCGUCUCAAAAAUGAAGUUGACGUCUGCUUUCCUCUUCAGUGCUGCUGCUCUAUCCCAUGUUGCUUGCGCAGUACCCGCUGUAGCGGCGAACCUUGACGCGCUACCUCGACGGACGGGUGGAGAGGCUUAUAUCGUGUCGGGCGAUGUCGUCGAGCGUACAGGUGGUGAAGCCUGCAUUGUCUCUAGUGACGUGGUCAAGCGCACCGGCGGUGAGGCCUACAUUACGCCUGACCAGCUUGACAAGCGCACGGGCGGGGAAGCGUACAUCACACCAGAUGGUGAGAGAUGAUCUCGACAAGCGCACCGGGGGCGAAGCUUAUAUCGU